ACUCUACCUAGCUAGCUAUCAGCGGGGCAGACAUGGUCUCGUUCCAAUGCGAUGGAUGCGCCGACACUGUCAAGAAACCCAAGCUCGAUCAGCACCGUCAGCGGUGUUGGGCUAGCUUUACAUGUUUAGACUGCUCGCAAACGUUCAACAAUCAAGACUACAAAAAGCAUACAUCGUGCAUCUCCGAGGCCGAAAAGUAUCAGGGCGCUCUAUACAGAGGUCCAAAGAAGGGCGGUGCUCAAGCCAACGGAGAGCGUCCGGUCAAGUCAAAAGCACCACAGGAGCCAGUCAAAGAGUCGAUGGCCUCCACCUGUGCUUCUCCCUUACCCUCCCAAUCUUCCAUACAUCCAGAUCGACUCUCACAAUUCGAUGCUGGACCCGCACAUGACUUUUCCAAUGCUGGUCCAAGUCGAGGUCGAGGAGGGUUCCGAGGUCGAGGCGGACCUCAGGCAAGAGGUAGAGGUGGAUAUCACGGACACAGUCUGGUCAGCGGGGAGAAUAAGCUAGGCCCGAAAGACGGUAUGCGAACUUGGGGAUCGCCAGCGGUCACGCCAAAGGAGACCACUCCAGAGCCUUCAGCCUCUACGGCUCGCGAGAAGCGUCCCAGAGACACGACUUCCACGCCGGUCGAAAAGAAGAAAAAGACGAAGAGAGAUGAGAGCCCGUCUUCUGCAAGGACUGCUCAACAGGACAAUAAUGAUCCCAAGCUGAUCAAACGUCUUCGCAAAAAGGCGGCAAAGCUCGGUGAGAAAGGCGGCAAAAUGAACCUCGACGAGUUCACUCGUAAAUUGAUGGAGGGCAAGCAAGAGACAAUGGACUUGACGCAGUUGUUGCAGCACGCGUCUGUACAUAACGAUGGGACUCGAUGGGUUUUGGAGAUCUGACGUGUAUGCAUUACGUAGCU